UUAGAGGCGUGGCCUAGUAUGAAAAAAUUGCGGCACAUAUUGUCCCUCUGUAUUUUUUUAGAGUUGGGAGGUCUGCCUUUAACAUGUGGACUGUUGAGGGCACAGCACAGUUUUGUGUUCUGUGUGCUGAGUUUGUGUCAGACUGAACUGCACUCAGCUUCUAGGACAUUGUUUGGGACUACUGGACCAGAGUUGUCCUACCGUGUACUUCAGAGACACGACGCUGCAAGCUUGAGCCCUGGCAUAUAAACAGUGCACCAUGAACUCUCCACCAGCAGAUGGCAGUGUGGUACACACCGGGCAGGAAAUGUCGUGCGCUUCCGCCCCUUCCUCGUAUGUUUAGUUUAUGAGGGAAUGGGUUUUAAUAACAUAUCUAGAAGACAGUCCUAAUAAUUAUCUGAGGGAGCGAACAUGUUCCCCGCACUGCAGGCAUGUCCUCGGCAUCUGCUGGUGUGUGAGAAGUCCAGCUUCCUGCAAGAGAAGUCCCGGCACAGCACGCACGUGGAGACGCAUUACUACAACUGCAGCGUAUCUGUUUUGUUACCCGAAUGCGGUCUUCUCCCAUUAAAAAUAAAGCACAUCAUUGAUGGUCUGGGAAGCUAUUAUUUGGUGAAGAACCUGCCCCUGCAUGAAUUUCUAACACAGGAAUUUAACGACACAUACAUAAAGAAAGGUUUGUUUUAUGCACUUUCAUAUAACACAAGAAUUGACCAAGAUAACGUUGCUGCUGUGCUUCCGUCAGGAAAACUGAUUGUAUCCGUAAAUAAAGACACCUAUGAAGAGCUGGGUCUGCAGGGCAAGCCCUCCCUAUAUUCAGGGAAAAAUGCCAUGCGAUAUAUUGUUACAAUUGAUCUGACAGACAGUGCAAUGUCACCUGAUAGCAAGAAGUUCCAGCGUGUGAGGUGGGCCUUGACUGAGAAAAAACCUCUGGCUUUUGAUUUUCUACUUGCUUGGGAUAAUCCAGAAGGACCAUCCAUAAUAUCUUAUUUUGCAAAAUAUGUUGUUAAGGAGUGUCCUUUCAAGAUAACUUCUCAUGUUUCAAGGGAUCUACAGUGUCCUGUGUUGAAGAGUGGAGAGCUGCUUGGUAAAGAAGAGGAGUCAUGCAGCGCAACUGAGUUUUUUGAAUGGCUUGGCGCCAUCAGCAAUGAUAUUGACUGUGACAAUAUGUCUUCUAGCUUCAUAUCAAGUUUUUGUUGCCCAGAGCCUAGCCUUUCAAUUGGACAAGCACAUUUAUGUACAAUUGCUGGCUUUAUAACACCAUCGAAAAUCCAGCAGUUGAUGGAGCAUCUACGUGAAUAUUUCAAUGAACCAAAGUUGAGUCAGUGGGUUUCACUUAUGGUACAUGGUUUUGCAGAUAGUCCUGUUUCUUGGAAAGAAAGCGAACAUGGCUUCUUUAAAGGCGGCGAACAUCUGUACAGCUUUGUCAUCUUUAAUAAUGAGGACUAUUGGCUGCAAAUGGCUGUUGGAGCACAUGAUGGCUGCCCACCCUAAUAUGGAUCGGAAUUAUUUAUUUCCAAUGCAAUAGGUUUACAUAUUACUAAAUGGUUUAUUUACAAAGGAGCAUAUAUGUAUGUUCAUUUUAUUGUAAGUUCUUGGGGCACAGAUUGUGUCUGAUCCUGAAAAUAAAGGGAACUUUUUUUUUAAAUGACCUGUGUUACCUUUUAUAGGUUUGAGCAAAUCGAGCUUCGUAUCAGAGAUCCGAAGUCGAUUAGUUCAAACACUUCGGUUUUAAUGCUGUCUGAGACCUGUCUGCCUGUACAGCAUUAAAUUGUAUUGCCUUUGUGUAGGCAAAAUUUGUUUCAUUUGAAGUUGCGCGAGACUUCAGUGAAUGAAUUCAGUAUUUAUUUCUGCAUCUUUAAAAACAUUUAAAAUGAGUAAUCCAAAGUGGGGUUUGGUACCGAGGUACCAGCCGGUACCAAACCGGACUUCGUAUUCCUAGUUUUAAAUGUUUUUAAAGAUGCAGAAAUAAAUACCAAAUUCAUUCACCGAAGUCGCACGCGACUUCAAAUGAAACCGUUUGCCUCCAUGUAGCCAAUACAUUUUAAUGCUGUAUAUAGACAGCAUUAAAAUGAAAGCGUUUGACCGAAUCAACUUCGGAUCAAUGAUCCAAAGCUCAAUUUGCUUAACACUAUUACCAUGUGAUUACCUAAAGAAUAUUGUUAAAUCUAGAGAUCUGCUGUCAUUGGGCUGUAUAAGAGAGAAUCAAGCAUUCUAAAAAAAAUUUUUUUAAAAAGUUGGCUGUGAAUCUUCUAC